AAGCGCCCCUCCAACUUCUUUAGUUGCGUGGGUUCGGGCACUGGGCAUAUGGUGUGCUUGAUUCGCUCUCCGUUGUCGUCGAGCCUCACUGCCGUCGUUGCUAUCUCCGUUUCCCCCGCGUGAGGCUGUGCUUCGGUCAGGAAACAGGCACGAGUGACAAAUGCAACUCGGAAAAAUAAACAGGCUCGAUGGAAGCUCGAUGGAAGCAAGGAAAUAAAUAAAGCUUUAUUUCCUGCACUUGACCCUCCCAGUCCCGUCUUCUGCCCCCUAUCUAUUCUUCUCUCUCUCGGCUUCUUUGUCCGUGUGUUGGCCCGCUACUUCAGUUCCUCUUAAGUUCUCAACGCUCCAGGUAUAUUGCACGAGGCUGCCCUUCCCACCGCAAGUGCUCAGCCUCCAGGGCUACGAUGGAGCGAAUCCCGAGCAGCGACGGCGCUCCCUCGCCUCUUGCCAGACCAGUCACGUUCGGCACGGAUUUGCCCCGAGCCAUGACUCUGGCCAGCGACACGACGGCAUCGACACUGUCUGGUGGUAACCCACGUGGCCGGAGGCUCACUGGUGAGCUCCCAGACCCAGCACGGUUGUUGGCUCAUGCCAACGGACGAGGGGAGGGGCCACGUUCCGUCCUCGAGCAGGAAUCCGAUUCCGAGAACGACAUCGAAUUCCUACCCUUGACGUCGCCAGCGUCAGGCUACCUCCCCCGGCCGCACCCUGAAUAUGCAGCUCCGUGCGUCCAGGAGCUGUUGCCUCACGAGUUCUUCACCGAGCAGGAUCUAGUUGGGCAUCUCAGGCAAUUAGAUGAGUCCAAGGUAGCAACGGCCACGGCCCUCGAUGAUCUAUGGGACCAGAGGAGCGAGCUAGACCCGACGAAUGUGAUCAAUUCGCUGGAGAGUUACGAGGACGAGCCCAACCCCUACACCAACGCCACCUAUGAGGUGUUCGAGGUCCUGAAGGAUGGCACAGCGGUGAGACAACACGACAAGCGAGAUGAUUCUGAUGAUGACAUCCUAGAAGCAGCAACAGUAUGGGGGACUAUAAAGGAGGUCAACCCUAGGAGAAAUGCUGUUGGCAGGAUGACGUUCCUCCAAGAACCAUCGCCACUCAUGCUAGGUGCGGCUCAUAUGACAAUGGCCAAGCAUUUCGACAUGGAUGAGCUAUUCCAGCAACUUGUCGGCACGGACGGCAACAAGGGCAAGACAAAGGCAUUCGUGAACCGAGCCUUUGAGAAGGACGAGCUGCACAGGCGGACCUUCUUCUUCGUUUUCAAAUACUACACAGUAGUCGGGGAGGGCCUGAAACCGGCACCCUGGCAGCAAUACGAUAACCGGCCGUCGGACAACAGGUCCCCUGACCACAUCGACCUUGCAGAGUGCAGCUCCAUCCUCGGCCUCUCCCUUCAGGGGCCUCAUAUGAAGGUGGUCGAGGGCCGGAAUCGCCGAACCAGACGGAACACCCGGAAAGGAUAUGUCUAUGAUCCCUUCGCUCCCUGGCACCUCCUCAGCAUCCAGUGCUUCCCGGAUGACGAGCACACCAUGCGCGGGGAGGAGGACGACAGCAAGCGCUUCAUCAACGGGCCCUACGCCUUCCUCGAUGCUCUGGUUACAGAAUAUAGGGAUGCAGUGAAGCGUUAUACAGGGCUCAACGAGAUGAUCACCAAGCUGAUCACGCCUCCUAGUGAGUUCAUGUUUAACCGCAAGCUGCGCGAUAAGCUUCUAUUCGAGGAUCAAGACUUCACCUACUCCCGCCGAUAUUUCUGGGCCUACAACACCCUCGGGGUCAUCAAUGAAGGCAUCAAGUCGAUGAUCUCGGCCUAUCUCGACACCUUCAACAACGAUUUCUGGGCUGGCCGCCACCAGACCCUCUGGCCGCAUCCGAGAGCCGACUCGGCCGAGGGGCGCAGUUACGAGUUCAGGAUGUCUUCCCUCAGACAGGAUCUCGAGAGGGCUGUGUUGGAUCUGCACAACAUGCACGCCAAGAACGGGAGGACCCGCGCGGAGAUCAGAUCGCUGCGGGAACAGCUCUUCAGCGGGAGCAGCGUCAAGGAGAGCAGGCGCGCAAUAGAGCAGGGAGAUAACAUCAAGAUACUGACGGGUGUCUCGAUGGUCUUCCUGCCCCUCACCUUUGUCACCUCUGUCUUCGGAAUAACCGAGUUCACCAUCUCAGCAAGUGACUGGCGCUUCCCCGUCACUAUGGUGUGCGUGUGCGUGCCCUUCUUCAUCAUCAUCUUUAUACUACAGACGAGGGGCGGCAUGCACGCCUUCAAGAAGUGCGGCAACUUCCUCGGACGGCACUUGAACCGCUACCUUCGCGCCGGGAGCACACGCCAGCACCAAGUCCAGCACCAGGGCGGGCAAUAUCACCCGUCCGCUGGGAAGAGGAUGCUGAAGAGGACGCAAUCCGGGAUACCGAACGGACAUGCAGCCACGACGGACCCGGAGAAGAAUGCGAGGUCGCCGUGGCCAUUCCUGGGCAAAAGGCGAAGAAGGGCUGGCGACCUAGAGGUUGGAAGAUAAUCGGCAUUGAACGCGUAUUUUGCUUUAUCUCAGCUUGUUGGGCGUUUGUAUCCGAGAGUUUUGCUGCGUCAAGCGAGCCAAGCGAUUAACUGGAAUUAGCACUGGAUUCAUGUGCGCCAUCUAAUAUGGCUAUUUUGCUCAUCAUACACGGAGGUUAUGGCUGGUUGGUGUUGGCAAAUGUCUAAUCUAGGUCCCUACUCGGUAUUCAUAGAGAAGCGCCGAAGGCCACUUG